AUGCAGACAGGAAGUGCGGAGAGCACGGUUGCCCCAGGGGAUUCAUUACCGGGGUCACGGGAGCCGAGCAGCAAGACAAGUUUUAACUCCUUACAGGAGUUCUGGGAUUAUCACCAGGUGCCGCAUCGAAUAAAGCGAAUUCUAAUCGCGAACAACGGAAAUGCGGCAGCCAAGUGCACGAUGUCUCUCCGGUCAUGGUGUCUGAAGACGUUCUCGAAUGAAAAUGAGUUGGAGUUGGUGGGUAUGGCGACGCCUGAGGAUGAGCAGUCGAACGCGGACUAUAUUUCUAAGUGCGAUUACAUAGCGAAGGUGCCGGGUGGGAGCAAUAAUUACAAUUACGCGAACAUCGAUCGGAUCCGCGAGAUUGCAGCAGAAUGGAAGUGUGAGGCUGUGUGGCCGGGUUGGGGUCACGCGAGCGAGAACGAGGAGUUACCUCGUGCAUUAGAGGAGGAGGGCGUGGUAUGGGUGGGUCCCCGUGCGAGCACAAUGUCUGCAUUGGGCUGUAAGAUAGGGAGUACGAUAAUUGCACAGAGCAUUGGUGUCCCGACGGUUCCAUGGAGUGGGAGUGGUGUGCAGGCAGAGUGUGUGUCGGGUACUUGGUGUGUGUCUGAGGAGGCGAAGUUGCGUGCGUGUGUCGGUUCGGGUGAGGCUUUAUUAGAGCUAGUAGAUUGUGGUGCCCUGGGGGGCUUCCCGCUUAUGAUCAAGGCUGCCUUGGGUGGUGGUGGUAAGGGCAUUCGAGUUGUCCACGCGCGGGAGGAGGCGCUGGCCGCCUUCCGUCAGGUCACCAUGGAGGUCCAGGGCUCCAGCGUGUUCGCCAUGCAAUGUUUGACUCGCUGUCGACAUCUGGAAGUCCAAGUAAUUGCAGACAGAUACGGACAUACACUUGCGUGCGGCACACGUGAUUGCACCAUCCAACGACGACACCAGAAGAUUAUUGAAGAGGGCCCGCCAACAUGUUGCGACCGGAGUGUCCUGGAUGCCUUACAAAAGUGCGCAGUCGAUCUAGUCGCGGCUGUGCGUUACGUCAAUGCCGCCACUGUUGAGUUUCUUUACGACGCAGAAAAGAAUCAUUUCUACUUUUUGGAGGUGAACGCCCGUCUGCAAGUGGAGCAUGUAGUCACCGAAAUGCUCAUCGAUGUCAACCUGCCAGCGGCCCAGCUUCAAGUCGCCAUGGGUCUGCCACUGGCACAUAUCGCAGACAUCGCAGACUUUUUGCGACGUGGCCCUCCCGUGGCUCCAAGACAUUGUAUAGCGGCACGAAUUACCGCAGAAGAUGCUGAGAAAAAUUUCCAGCCGACCAAUGGCACAGUACUCGAACUACACUUCACUUCCAGCCCUCACGUCUGGGGCUAUUUCUCCAUCGGCUCCCCACCCUCCCGCGUACACCAGUACUCAGACUCCCAAUUCGGCCACCUCUUUGCCACCGGACGUGAUCGAGAAAGUACCCGAAAGGAAAUGUUGCUAUCACUGAGAAGACUUGUAAUUCGUGGCGAAAUUAGCACGAACGUAGUUGCUUUGCAACAAAUAUUGGAGAGCGGGGAUUUCAUUCGAGGUCAUACACACACUCAGUGGCUCGAACAGUCACGUGUAUGCUCCCAUCCAGCCGGUUCCCAUGUCGCCGUCCCUAGGUCUACAUCUGCUUCUGCCCACGGACCUGCUCCUGCCCACGAGCCUGCUCCUGCCCACGACCCUGCUCCUGCUUCUGCCCACGUUUCUGGGCCCAAUGGCACGGGGGUUGGUGAGGGCGUAUUGAACUUCGUACUAUACGCGGGUGUGUAUAAAGCGGCUUGUCAUUUCCGGAGGGAUGCACAGGCAUUUGUAGGGAAGAUAACUCAGGGCCAAGUACCACCAACAUUAGAGGAUGUAGCAGUGUUCGACUUAGUGGACAAACAUAACGUAAAGUAUCGCUUGGAAUGUUGUACUGCAGGUCCUAAUACAAUUCGCGUCUAUUUAAAUGACAGUUGGACUGACGUAGAAUACAAUGAUCUUAGCAACAAUCGUGAUGGUGACCAAUUUACCUCCUGGUAUUUUCUUGUUGGUGGUGUAGAUGGUCGUCAUCGUCGUGUAGGUUAUCAAGAAGAUCGCACUCAAGAUCUAUUGAAAGUCACUGUUGGGCAUCAGACGUGCACAUUCACCAAAGAGAAGGACCCAUCACAAUUCCGCGCUCCAUACUCAGCCAAACUCGUACGAUGGCUUGUACCCAAUGGUUCUACUGUUCAAAAAUCCACACCUCUAGCCGAAAUUGAAAUGAUGAAAAUGUACCUACAACUACACUCAGAAUCUGCCGGCAUAAUCACACAUGCACUCUCAGAAGGAGCCGUCUUCCAAGCUGGUGAUCUACUAGCCACCCUGCAAUUAGACGACGGCCAGGUCUUUGAACGACCAAAAUUCUUCAACGGCAAAUUCCCCAACCCCGCACCUUGA